GCUGAUCUCAGGAUCUCCACCCACUGACCCACUUCGUACCGAGGAGGGACCGAUGCACGAUGCGUGUCCCAUCGGACGGUCGAGGCAUCGCACUUACAGGUGGAGUAGAGCAACUGGGACUUAGGCUUGAUUUUGUGAGGGGAUAUAUUGGGCCAAGAUUUAUAUUCUAAGGCUGGCCGGGCCGGAUCGUGUUGGGUUUCUCCUUCACAUUGGGCCUACAAUUAAGCCCAUUGAAACACCAUCGCGUCGUCGCCACCUCUAUAAAAGCCCAUUCAUCUCUGGUGGCGGAGAGGCGGGGUUGCCCUAACAACCCGGGGAGCCACCGGUGUCUCCUCCCUCCCCGCGAGCGAAUGGCGGCGGGCCUCAGGCCAUCGCGUACAAACGCAGCGCGGCCGCGCUCGCGGGGCUCGCCGCUGCACACGCAUAAGUGCACCCGCCUCCUCGAGCCUGAGACGAAGCCCAGAGAGGCACACGAACCGAGGGAACCAGCCCGCGCGCUGCGCCAUGGCCCUCUCCGAGAGCUCGAGGAAUGCGCUGCUCCCCGGCUUCCUCUACGCGGCCCCUGCCACCGCCUCCCCGUUUGCCGCCGCCGGUGGCGUGGGCGGAAGCGCGGUCGCCGCUCCGUCUGCGGGGGGGCCCGCGGUGUGGCCGAGGGCGCCGAGCGAGCCGGGCCGGAGGAUCGAGAUGUACACGCCGGCGUUCUACGCGGCGUGCACGGCCGGCGGCGUCGCCAGCUGCGGGCUCACGCACAUGACCGUCACGCCGCUCGACCUCGUCAAGUGCAACAUGCAGAUCGACCCGGCUAAGUACAAGAGCAUCACUUCUGGUUUUGGUGUUCUGUUGAAAGAGCAAGGCGCCAAGGGUUUUUUCAGAGGCUGGGUACCCACCUUGCUUGGAUACAGUGCUCAGGGAGCAUGCAAGUUCGGUUUCUACGAAUUCUUCAAGAAGUAUUACUCAGACAUUGCUGGACCUGAGUAUGCUGCCAAGUACAAGACUUUGAUUUACCUUGCAGGAUCUGCUUCAGCUGAACUCAUUGCAGAUAUUGCCCUCUGUCCAAUGGAGGCUGUGAAGGUUCGCGUGCAAACGCAGCCUGGCUUUGCAAGAGGUUUGUCUGAUGGUCUUCCCAAGUUUGUGAAAGCUGAAGGCUAUGCUGGGCUGUAUAAAGGAAUUGUUCCUCUAUGGGGCCGACAAAUUCCUUACACUAUGAUGAAAUUUGCCUCUUUUGAGACGGUUGUUGAGAUGAUCUACAAAUAUGCCAUCCCUGCACCCAAGAGCGAGUGCAGCAAGAAUCUCCAGCUUGGAGUGAGCUUUGCAGGGGGCUACAUCGCUGGGGUGUUCUGCGCCAUUGUUUCUCACCCAGCUGACAACCUCGUUUCCUUCCUCAACAAUGCUCAGGGGGCAACUGUAGGCGAUGCUGUGAAAAAGAUUGGCCUAGUGGGGCUAUUUACCCGUGGGCUGCCAUUGCGGAUAGUGAUGAUUGGCACCCUAACCGGAGCCCAAUGGGGUAUCUAUGACGCUUUCAAAGUCAUGGUUGGACUGCCAACUACUGGUGGCGUUGCUCCAACUCCUGCUGCAGCUAAGGCCUGAUCCUACAUUGCCUUACUUCAAACAGCAAUUUUGGCGCCAACCUUGAUGAUGGCCAAGCAUCUCCUCUUUCCCUGUCUUUCAGAGCGAUUCUUUAGUUCUUUUAGGAACGCCUAACUGCGUGCCUGCUAAAAUUUCAGAUGAGCCACAAGCUCAGUACAUGGUGAUAACUUGAAGAAAAGAGAUUUAGGAACAUGUUUAGUAGAUGGUCAUCAGGUGCAUGAUGACUGCCGUGGAAACCAUGGCGUCCUUUUCUUUUUUGCAUGUCAUGAUUCUGGAAACACAAAUGAUAUGCCGUCACUGUGUCCAGUGGAUCUACCAUUUGAUACUUCCGUGAAUGAACACAAAGGAUUGCGAUG